UUUUAUUUUUCUAUUAUUUUUGCUAUAUUAUGGACCAACUGGUGGAGAAAUAUAAGGAGAAAGACACCAGUAAAGUCAUAGUGAUAUUUAGAGCUAUUGGCAAUGCACCUAUCCUUAAGCAAAAAGUCUUUAAACUCACAGCGUCCAACAAGUUCCAGACAGUGAUACAGUUCUUAAGGAAGGAAUUAAAAUAUCAAGGCUCUGAUCCUCUUUUUCUUUAUAUAAACAGUGCAUUUUCACCUUCACCAGAUGAAACUGUGGCCAAUCUUCACAAGUGCUUCAACACAGAUGGUCAUUUAAUCAUUAAUUACUGUACAACUGCUGCUUGGGGUUGACAUUCCUAAAAAAGGAGGGGGUAUCAAUGCAUGGCAUUUUCUUUAUUAUUCGAUUUUAUUUGUCUAAUAAAUAAUUUAAAGAAAAAAAAAA